GUCGGCGCUACUCUCGUUCAAAUAAUGCGUUACGAUGGUUAACUGACAUUUUGGAAUAGAGUAUAUAAAAGCGCGGUAAAAUAAUUUAUCUCAGAUUUCACAACAAUGGAUCCUGAAACUACUGAAUUAAAAGAAAAUAAUGAACCUACACCAGUAUCAGAUAUAACUGAUUCUGAAAUUAAACAUGAAGUGCCAGAUAGUACCCUCCGUCGUAAAAAUCUUGAUUCAUUUUUUGGAGAAAGUGAUCACUGUGCCAAUAAAGUUUAUCAAUCUGAGGUUCCUGAAAUAUGUAAAAGUGAGCCCUGUAUGUUAGGAGUCGAUGAAGCAGGAAGAGGACCAGUUUUAGGGCCUAUGGUUUAUGGUAUCACUUAUAUCCCAUUGUCUAAAAAGCAACUGCUAGUUGAUAUUGGAUGCGCUGACUCUAAAACUCUUUCGGAAGACGAACGAGAUGGGAUAUUUGAUAAAAUAUGUGAUAAGCCUGAAGAAAUUGGUUGGGCUGUGGAAGCAAUAUCACCAACUUUUAUUUGCAACAGCAUGUAUAGAAGAUGUAAGUCAUCGUUGAAUGAAGUAUCAAUGAACUCGGCAAUUGGACUGAUAAAAGGAGCCAUUGAAGCCGGCGUAAAUGUUGAAGAGAUUUACGUUGACACUGUCGGGAAGUCUGGAAAGUAUGAAGACAAAUUAAAAAGUAUUUUUCCAGAUAUCAAAAGUAUUAUUGUUGCUAAAAAGGCUGAUUCAACUUAUCCUGUUGUAAGUGCUGCCAGUAUUUGCGCUAAAGUUUCAAGAGACCAUGCAUUGAGAGCUUGGCGUUUUCUUGAAGGCGAGCCAAAGGGAGACUAUGGUACUGGUUAUCCACAUGAUACUGUAACGAAGCAGUGGCUAACUGACAACAUUGAUCCAAUAUUUGGGUUUCCGCAAAUUGUAAGAUUUAGCUGGUCAACAGCUGAGAAAAUUUUGGAAACUGAUGCCGAAGCUGUCCAGUGGGAAAAUAUUGAAAGCGCAUCAUUGCCGAAAAAACAAAAAAUUUCAAGUUUUUUUGUGGCUCUGUCUGAAGAUGGCCAACCGCAGAAAAAGAAGCAUGACUUUUUUGUUAAUCGAUGUCUUACAAAUACCAUUAAAUUAUGAUGUAGAAAUGACAAAAUAUUAGUUUUGUAUCUUUGUAAUAUUUUUUAUAGGACACGAAAAUAUUAAAUUAAAUUUUUU